GAAUAGUUUUCAGAUCUGGCAAUACUUCGCGAUUAACUGUUAAUAACUUCCAUUAGACGCCCAGAUUAUUUUCUGGAAGAUACAAGAGCUUGUGAAGAUUGAGGAAAGAAAAGUGGAAAAAUGCUAAAACGCGACCUACAGAGCAUCACCCUGAAGCUCUCCGAUCUCAAGGAGUACGAGGUGGUCCGCCAGAAGCGCAAGAACCUCAAGGCGCAAGGUCCUCGACCCAGGCUCUCCAUGGAUGCCCUGGCCAGCGACGAUAUACCCUCCACUUCGGGCACGGCCACCAGUUCCUGCUCCCAAACCUGCACUGGAACGGGCCCAGGAUCAAGUUCAGGAUCAGGUUCGGGCUCUGGCUCCGGAUCUAUUUCUUUGUCCGGCUCGGGACCGCGAUCGGAGACGCCUUCAUCGGCAUCCUAUACGAAUUCCACCACUCCCACGGGCAUUACCCAGGAGGAGGUAUUCCGGCCCUCGUCGGCUGUUACUGGCACCACUUCCGGAUCCAUGGACGAUGUGAGUGUGGCCGCUGUAGUGGAUGAUACGGACACCAUUGACGAGCUGAGCGACGACAACUGGCAGGAUCUGAAUGCGGAAACCAAUACGGACACGAACGAUACCAUUGAAGAGGUCAUCGAGGAGGAGCAGGAGGUGGAGGGUCGCGAGGAAGGCGAGGAGGAGGACGAUGACGAGGAGGCGGAGGAGGACGGAGCCAGGGGAGGCAUCUAAAGAGGAUCCUGUCCCAGGGAUCCCAUCUCCCUUUUUUUAUUACAUUCCAAUCACUACUCAAUUUUAUUCACAAAUAUUUACAUUCCACUUACUACUCUUAUAUAUUUAUAUUCACCAACACAUCUUGUAUACGAUACCUUCUAGGUACAUUAAAAAGUAAUUGCAUGCUCUAA